AUCCUUCACUCCCCUCUCUUUGUUAGAGGCUUGAACCAUUUGAUGAAAGGUCAAGUGUACUUUUCUGUAGUCUGUUAACACCUGCACAUUAAACUCAGCGUGUGUGAGUGAAUGAGAGAGAGCGAGAGAGAGAGAGAGAGAGACUCCCUCCCCUUGCUCCUUAUCCACUUCUGCUUCCAGCUGUUGCUGCAUUCCUAUGCCCGUCGGAAAGCCGACGGCCUUUUUUACGCGUGUGUGUGUGUUUGGAGUGUGUGCGUGUGUUUGUGAAUGUGACAACCGGGAUCAAAAGUCUUUCCUAGAGAUCUGCACGUUGCCUGUGCUGUGCAUGGAAUGUAUCGCCCGUCAAGACAGAAGCUGCGACUACAGCAAAGGCAGAAAUAGGCUAAAAACUCUAUUUGGGGGAGUUUUGUGCAAACAACAUACCUCUCGAUCUUGGAUCUGUUUCGCAAUUGCGUCCUUUCCUGCACAAUGACAGAAGUGGCCAGCCCCGCUUCAGUAAUGGAAUCGGAGAUGAUGUUUCAACCAGAGUCUGAUCAGAUCUCUCCAGGUGAACCUAAGUCUCCGCCCCUGGACCUGAUCGACACAGGGAAAGGACUAAAAGUCCAGACAGCAACUCCUCAUCUGGUUAGCCUGGGCAGUGGGAGACUGAGUGUGGCUAUUACUGUUCUGCCGCUGAAAGAGGGGGUAACGCGCAUAGGCACAGAAGAUGCUCCAAUUCCUCAGGAUAUUACCAUUCAAGGACCUGGCAUCGAGGCAGAGCAUUGUCUAAUCAUCAGUGAAGGAGGGGUGGUGACCCUGGACCCCUGUGGCCACCUCUGCAGUCUUGAUGGAGUCCAGGUCACUGUACCAACACCACUCACUCAGGGUUAUUCUUUGUGUCUGGGAAAAUCCUAUUUGUUCCGGUUCAACCAUCCUGAGGAAGCCAGCAGAAUGAAGAGCAUGCUUCCCCAAAAGAGUCCUGUAUCGGCUUUAGCCUACAACACAGACUACCUGAAGUUUAGCAGUGACUAUAGCCAUGCAGUUGUGGGUGGCACCAGUAGUGCUAGGGGCAUGCGAUCAGCAUCUGAGCUUCGGGACUUGAUGGACACCCUGCAGCGUAAGAAAAUUGCCCUUGAAAACAGCCUGAGAGCCAACGGGAAUGCCAACCCCUCCUACUUCAGUGUGACACAGUCUCCCCCCACCACACCUGUCUCCAGUCCUGCCACAUCUUCAUCAGCCUAUCAGGAACAGGCAAGGCGUUUCUAUAGCUCCGAUCGUCCUUCUUUGUCUUUAAAAUCUGCUCCCCCUCUUUCCCCCGGGCGACGUUCCGACCCUUCUUCUUCUUUGGCCUCGCGCUCUUCAGUUGGCCGCAGUCAGGACAAUUUUAGCAACAGCGAUAGCCGACGACUGCACAGUCAGAGCUCCUCUCCUUUACUCUCCACCUGGAAUGGUGGGGGAUCUUCCACUUCUGUUGCCAGUAGUGAGAACUAUCUCCUCUCUCUUCCUCCAUCUUGUUCCUCAUCCCACAUUCCAUCUUCUGGGGGCGCUGCCAGCAUGCCCUCUAGCCCCCGUCUAGGACGCCGCACCUAUGGGAACCAGGGGAACCAGGAGCCGACACCCACUAGUCGAACCAGGAAAUACUCAGCAGGUUCGCUGAGUGGGAUGACAGCAGGAGGACACAGCCGCUCACUGCCACGCCUCUGUCCCUCCCCGUCCCCCCGUGACAAUAAUAAUGGAGUGCUAACUUUGUCAACGCUGCCUCCACGGCGGUCUGAUACUGCUGGGGAUUACAAAUUUAGCAAAGAGCAUUACAGCAACGGCCAAAACGCUGACCUCAACCACAAGUCUAGUCACUCCAGUCAGCAAGCUGCAAACAGGAUUAAAGGCCAGACCACAGCUCAAGGUGAAGGUGUCGUGUCGAUCUCCCUCUCUUCCCCUAGAACCUCUUCCUGCUCCACCUCCCACUCCAUCUCUUCCACAUCCACAUCCACUCCACCAGAUGUAACAAUCCCAUCCAGGGCAGGGGGCUCCUCUUCUCCUCGUGUUGCCAAAAAACUCAGCCUAACCUCCACCAGCUCAAUAGGCUCCAUCAGCUCUAUAGCUUCGAGCCCUCCAGAACAAGAACGGCUAAGCAGCAAUGAAGCCUGCUCAGGAGCAGAAAUGUCUGUGGCGGAGCAAGAAAAACCAGGGGUGGGCCUUGAACUCACCGUUGCACCGGGACUAGGACUUAGAGAGAGGAGUUCUUCAUUUGGGAAGGCCGGCCUGGAAACUGGAAUUGGUCUGGGGGAGAGGAGGCAGUCAUUUGGCAAAGCAGGGGUGACUCCGCCAGGGGGGUUCAGGGAAAGAAGGGGGAGUAUCAGCUCCCUAAGUGGGAAGGAAGAACUGACAGACUACCACCAACGCCAAAAAGAGGAGAGACUCCGUGAGCAGGAGGUGGAGAGACUGGAACGACAGCGGCUCGAGACCAUCUUGUCUCUUUGCUCUGAGCUGGGCCGAGCUGAAAGGGACGGAGGCGCCGCAGCCACCAGCUCCACUUCAGCUGUUGCAGACCUGCAGAAGAUCAACCAGGAGCUUGAGAAGCUGCAGCUGAACGACGAAGAUGAUGACACGCCUUCUGUCUUUUCCGAUUCUUCAGCUGUUAGUGGAAUAGUCGGAAACGGGCACACGACCUCCCCUGGAUCGGAGAACGGUUACUAUGAUGAUGACCUGCAGGUACGACGGAGGCGUAGCAGCGGUCACCGAGACAACAGGGCCGAAUCGCCUGCCAUCAGUCUGCGAAGCUUUGCCCCUACACCUUCACCACGUGCACAUAGGACAAAUGAGGCUCUAGAGGAUGCAGCUCGCCAUCGUGGACAGGACACGAUCCCUUCAGAGGAGGAAGUGAGGCGCGUGGAAGAGGAGAGAAUCCAGGUCCUGAACAACAUGGAGGAGCUUGAACAAAAGAUCAAAGAGCUGGACAAUCAAAUUGAGGAAUCUGCCCAAGAGGUCGAGGUUGAGCGAGCUUUAGUUGAAGCUGAGCAGGAGUCCGAGAUAGCAGCUCUUCAACACGAAAAAGAUGCUUUAGAAGCGCUUCACAACAAGAUGGCUGACCUAGAGACCCAAUCCCAGCAGGAAAAAGAAAAGGCGUGCAAGCUGCUGCAGGCAGAAAAGGGCAGAGUAGAAAGGUUGGCUCAGAUUGUGUGUGAGCAGCGCUCCCAGCUGGACAGCUGUCCUGAGGCCACCAAGGAGCCCCUGCAGGAGCAGCUAGCCAGGGACUGCGAAGUGCUUGAGGCAGAGACAAAGCGUUUUGAGGACCUGGAGUUUCAGCAACUCGAGAGAGAAAGCAGGCAGGACGAGGAGAAGGAGACCCACACCCAGCAGCUUCUUCGGGAGAUUGCAGACUACCAACGCAGCACCGUCACCCGCAAGGAGCGUCUGUUAACUCUGAAGAAGCAGGCGGUGCAGAUUACGCAGCAGGCUCAACGAGAGAAGGAGAGCUUCUUGAAGGAGAGGAGCAACCUUGAGUCCAUGCUGCAGAGAGAGAAAGAAAGCCUGGCUGUGCUGGAAAGAAAAUACCCUGACCUCACCGGUGGACGGAGUUUCACCCUGAGAGAGGAUUCAGCCUCCUUGGCUGAUGUGUGUCGCUCCCUCCUUUCCUCAAUUUUUCUCAAGAACGCAGAGGGCUAUGUCACAGUCAGUGAAAUCAAUGAGCUUUACUCACAGCUUGGGCAAGACCCUAAACCUGCUCCUGCCCCCACUCUGACCAAAGCCUCUCCUGAGCCCGAGGCAACCCUUUCCCCUGAUGAGGACACCCCCAAACCAGCGGAGGAUGAGCAUUUCCGUCUGCUGGAGGAGAGGAAGAGGUCUGAGAAAGAAAGUGGCUCACAUCUAAGUGAUACAUUACCUAGGAAGAAAACCGCGACCGCCAUGAACCCCCAGUUUAUGUGUGCAACACUCGGGCGCAGCUUCCCCGCAAAGUCCCAUCAGCCUCUGGUACAGAGUACAAGUUGUGGGAGUAUUCUUCCAAGAAUCCUCAGUUUAUCCAAUAAGGAAAGUGAAUCUCGACGUCUGCAUAAAGGUCAGCCGAGCUCCCGAGCUGCUUCUCAGACCAACGUCUACCUCGAUGCCUUUGGGUACCGUGAAAACCAGGCCUUUGACACAAUGAGUGUGGAUAGUAGUGAUUCUAUUGAAACCAGCAUCUCUGCUUGCUCACCUGACAACGUCUCCAGUGCCAGUACGUCAAAUGUAGCCAAGCUGGAGGAGAUGGAGCGCCUGCUGAGAGAGGCGCAGGCCGAGAAGAACCGCCUCCUCGAACACAAGGAGCGGGAAAUGGAAAUUCGAAAGCAGGCCUUGGAAGAGGAGAGGAGGAGACGAGAGGAGCUGGAGAAAAGGUUACAAGAGGAGACCAACAGACGCCAGAAACUGAUCGACCGCGAGGUGAAGCUUCGAGAAAAGCAGAGGGCGCAGUCCCGGCCUCUUACUCGAUAUCUGCCUGUGAGGAAGGACGAUUUUGACUUGCGGGCUCACAUUGAGUCGGCGGGCCACAGCCUAGACACGUGCUUCCACCUGUCCAUCUCUGAAAAGACCUGCCGAGGCUACUUGGUCAAGAUGGGAGGCAAAAUCAAAACGUGGAAGAAACGCUGGUUCGUCUUUGACCGCAACAGACGCACACUAUCCUACUACGCAGACAAGCACGAAGUCAAGUUGAAAGGAGUCAUUUACUUCCAAGCUAUUGAAGAAGUAUACUACGAUCACUUGAAGAAUGCACACAAGAGCCCAAACCCCUCCCUGACCUUCAGCGUGAAGACUCACGAUAGGGUCUACUACAUGGUUGCUCCCUCUCCCGAAGCCAUGAGGAUCUGGAUGGAUGUGAUCGUCACAGGCGCUGAGGGAUACACUCAGUUCAUGGUGUAGUGAAGCAGAUGUACGGGCCUCAUGUUUUUUUAAUGCUGCAGUCCUUUGUGGGUUUUGAAGAUAUAAGUAUCAGCUCCUUAUUUUCCUCCUGGAUGAAGAUUGUGUGCAUUUGUGUUACACAGAUAACACUUCAUGUUGUGUUACAGAGCUCUCAUGUGAAAUUGCGGGCAGAUAUUGGACAGUUUAACAGUUUAACUGUCUUCAGAGAAGAAUAAAGUUUUUUUGUUCUGAUUUUUUUUUAAAUGUAAGUUUGAAGCAUUAGUUAAACCAGAGCUGACUUUGGCCUCUAUAUUAUGCCCUACAGUGUUCAACAUCUUAUACAAACUGUAUACAUAUUUCCAAUAUUUCCAAAGAAACAGGGAAAAAAAGCAUUUCUAGAUUAUGAAAUGCCUCAUAAUCUAUUAAAGGUAUUUUUUUUAAUGAAUUCAUUUCAUUUCAUGGGGCAUUCUCAGGUCUUAAAUCUGCAUGGAUGUGCAUGCAUGCAUCAUAUGAUCAUGUGUGAAUAUAUACACAUGUGAUGAAUUGCCUGCUCUGUGGGCUUUUCGUGUAGCUCCAAGGUGCUAUACUUACACGGUAAAUGACACUAAUAUUCCAAGCCACACUCGCACAAACCAAACUAAUCAGCCCCUCUCUGAAUGGAUGCAGAUGCCGGGUUUACAACAGUGUCAGCAUAGGUAACGUGUUAAAUAAACGCCAACGUAUUUGUACAUUUUGCCUGCUAAUUUCUUAAAGGUUAUGACAUGUAUGAUCCAUUAUCAACUAAAGAUGUGUGUUUGUGCCUUUUAAUCACAUUUUAUCUAUAUUUUUUUAGCACUACAUGCAUCUACAUACAAAACGCCAAAGUGGUGAGAAAGUACGCUAGUGUGGAAUUGAGGUCCUGGAUGGUUUUUGUAAGGAAGAACUUCAGCAGGAUGAAGUUUUAUUGUUAGAUGUCAAGCAGACGAAAUCUAUGGUACACACAUUUAUUUGUCCUAAAGUGACUGAUUACUGUGCUGCUGCUUUAGUCCACUACAUUUCAUUACAUUACAUUUAUUACCACUAAUUUAAUGUGUUUUAUUUUUUAAAUGACUAUUCCACUAUGAUCACUAAUGCUGCUUUGUGUAUUAUACUCCACACUGCAUUAGCAUAUUUCUGUCCGCUGAUAACUGCAAUUAUAAUCUUGCCUCCUGUGUUUUUGUGUGUUGACCAAACUUUAUACAUAUGUGAUACAAUGUAUAUUUGGUUUCUUUGCUUUGAAAUAUCUUUUAAGUGGAAUAUUGUCUGUUUCGACAUGACGUGCUAAGCAUAUUUUUACCAAACUAAUGGAGUUGUCACAGAGGAAGCUUUCAUGUGUUUUAAUUCAUCCAGUAUUUUUAUAUAAUUGAUUUUUAUGUUGAUUUUACUGUAUUUAUGCCAGUACCAUUGCAUGUAUCUUAAUUUUGUAUUUUCAUAUGAAUAAUAAAAAAGAAUAUAUAAUAAAUAAAUCAU